AUGAUCCACCCCAAUGCUCAUGCGGUCUCCGCGAAAGUCGAUGCAUACUUCCUACAACGCUGGCCCUUCCGCAGUGACGCUGAGCGGGCCAAGUUUCGCGCAGCGGGCUUCUCGCGUGCGACGUGCUUAUAUCUUCCUAAGGCGUUGCACGACCGGAUUGAGCUUGCAUGUCGGUUGCUGACACUUCUCUUUCUGGUCAAUGACCGUCUCGAAGAGAUCUCGCUCGAGGAUGGCUCUGCAUAUAAUGAACGGCUUAUCGCCAUAUCCAGGGGGGACCAUCUCCCUGACAGGACAGUUCCGGUAGAAACUAUUACGUAUGAUCUGUGGCACGAGAUGCGAGAAUGCGACAAAGCCCUCGCAGAUAUGCUGCUCCAGUCUGUUAUUACCUUUAUGCGUGCCCAGACGGACAAUGCCCGUCUUAGAAUUAACGAGCUCGGAAAAUACCUGGAUUACCGCGAACGAGACGUGGGACAGGGCCUGCUCUCCGCGCUUCUGCGCUUCACAAUGAAGCUUCAUCUGACCGAAGAUGAGCUACAUCGUGCGGCCCCUGUCGAGCACAACUGUGCCAAGCACAUUGCAAUUGUCAACGAUAUCUACAGCUGGCACAAGGAACAGCUCGCAUCACAAAUCUUACAUCAGGAAGGCGCGGCUCUCUGCUCAGCGGUACCGGUAGUAGCUAACGAGGCCGGGCUCGGAUUUUCCGCAGCGCAGCGGGUUUUGUGGACGAUGUGCCGGGAGUGGGAGUCGGUGCAUCAGCAGCUUGUACAAGACAUUCUAUCGGAGGGGAGCGCCAGCCUUCAGAUAUUUGUCCGUGGGAUGGAAUAUCAAAUGAGCGGGAAUGAGCGCUGGAGCGAGUCGACCCCACGGUACCAUCCGGAUAAUUCUUGA